AUGAUUAAAAUGUACCGAGCGUUGCGUGGUGGUCGUGUAAAUAAUCAACCUGACAAGACGUUUAGCCAGGCAUUGCGUCGCGAAGCUGGGCUAGGUAAAGUAAAUAAUCUCGACGAGUCUCUGCGUUGUCCGCCGUGGAAGGCUUUUGUUUACAAUAAUCAGCUGAUAGGUGCAUUGUGCGGCGAAACCGUUCACCCUGAGCGUUUGGGACGGGUCCGCACCCCCGCGGAUCCAGCCAAUGGGCGCAAUACAUCGACUGAGGGGCGGCCGGGAAGCCUCAGUCACAUUCCCAGGGGUUUUUUGCGCCUUUGUUGUGUGACAGGAGUCAUGAGUGAUUCUGGCGAGUCGAGGAGGUCAACCAAAGACCGUGGAAGGUCAAGCAAUCGUGUAAGACGCCCAGAUACAUGGAAAUAUGAGGUUGCCAAGAAGAAACGCAAUACUGGUGUAUCUUAUGUUAGUGCUAACACAGGCAAAAUUAUGCCAGCUAGAUCUAUUGGACCACUGUGUAAAUGUGGUUGUAUGUCCCGCCUUGGUGAUAAGGUGAAAACUAUUUUUAAGGAUUUCUGGCAACUGGGAAAUUAUGAAAAGCAAAAUGAAUAUAUAGCUCGGCUUGUUCAUAGUGUUAAUGUGCAGCGAUCACGUGUGGAGCCAGGCAAGCAGUCGAGGCGUACGCAAACCAUUCAAUAUUCAGUAAGGAGUGAUGAAGUUGAGUAUAAAGUGUGUGCUGCUGGUUUUCUGUCUAUACACGGCAUUUCCAGAAAACGUGUACGUACUGUUGUGCUCAAGCUGCAAUCAGCAGGUGUGAUGCAAGGGGACAAGAGGGGGUUAGGAGAGACUGCAACAAAAGUAGCUCCUAAGAGCCGUGAGCUGGUAAGGGAACAUAUUAGGAGUUUCCUAUCAUUUUCCAAUCGUAACAGGCGGGCAAAAAGCUCAAAGAGACGUAGAGGCCUUAAUAUUAGUAAAAUGUACACACUGUACCGAAAGUGGCUUGAAGACGAGCAUCCAGAGGAAAGUAUGGUGACCUUGUCAUACUAUAGGAGUGUAUUUAAGGAAGAUUUCAACAAAGGUUUAGACCCUCCAAAUGCAGAUGUCUUAAAUAAGUAUGAAAAAUGGAAUAAUGCACUUAAUUGUUUGGAUGGAAAUGCUGAUGCGGCACACGUUAAUGAAAUCAAGAGGGAGAGGAUUCCUCGUUUACAAAGAACUUUACAAGAUCCAACAGUCCAGCAAACUCUCCCUACUCCAAGGAUUUAUGCAGAAGAAAGCAGAUUGUCAGCAGAGUCUCCUUCGCAUGAAAAGAUAGACAGCAAGUCCAAGGAGUUUGUACAUCAAGAUAGCGAUGGAUUUGAUGAAUCAAAUGAUGAGACUCCCUUUGAAUUCAUUGAAGUGAAAGAUG